AAGGUUAUGUCGAUGCCGCGGCUUGACAUUUAAGAAGUUGCAGGUGGCUUAAAAACCAACACCAGCCUAUCGAUAGCGGGUGAGACAGAUAGGAAGGCUCUGGCUAAAGUCACCUUCACACUCGCGUUGGCUUGGCCACUCGCCUCUGAUAGCUUGCUAAGUGACUGACGUAAUGUAUCAUGGCACUGGCAUCACACCAGUAUCCAACAUCCACACGCUGCUGCAGUCUAGUCUCUGUGGUUCGUGAUGGACGAUACGAGCUGUUUACUUCAGCCCAGCCGCAACAGUGCAAACGUGUAGGCUACGACUCAAACCGAGUAUAAUGGAUAUUACUGUUUUGGCGUCAUCAAGCGAAUGCCCACGGGGAUUUAAGAAAAACAACGACACGAAGUGCCAAAGCCGAUGAUGGGUUUAUCGUUACCGGGAUGGUGAAAUCGGGCGCUAAAAAUAUUUAAUGCUGUCUUGAUCAUUUCCUCUGGACGGACUGGACAUUCACUUGACAGAGGGCACAUAGGUUUCCUUUGGCCGAGGACUCGCGUCCCCAGGUCACUUCAACCAUGGCCCUGGUAACGCUGCAGCGCUCCCCCACCCCGAGUGCAGCAUCCACUGCCAGCACCGGCGCCAGCACCGCGGGGGAGGAUUUGGGGAGCGACGAUGACCGAAAGGCCAAUCAAAGCCUCAGUGAGAGCUUCUUCAUGGUCAAAGGGGCAGCGCUGUUUCUCCAGCAGGGCGGCAACAGCAACACACAGGCACCCAGGACCCCUACGCACCACAAACACGCAGGUGACUUACCACAACACCUGCAGGUAAUGAUCAACACCCUUCGCUCUGAGGAUCGCAUUAAGCUGGCUGUCAGGUUGGAAAGUGUCUGGUCUGAUCGUGUGCGAUACAUGGUCGUUGUUUACACAAAUGGGAGGCAAGAUACGGAAGAAAACAUUCUUUUAGGCAUGGAUUUCACAAACAAGGACAGCAAAAGUUGUUCCAUUGGGAUGGUUUUGCCUUUGUGGAGUGACACCAGUAUACACUUGGAUGGUGAUGGAGGCUUCAGCGUGAACACAGCUGGACGUUUGCAUGUCUUCAAACCGGUGUCUGUCCAGGCCAUGUGGUCCGCCCUGCAGGUCUUACACAAAGCCUGCGAGGUGUCACGCAGGUACAACUACUUCCCUGGCGGGAUGGCGCUCACCUGGACAGGCUACUACGAGAGCUGCAUCUCCUCAGAGCAGAGCUGCAUCAACGAAUGGAAUGCCAUGAGCGACCUGGAGACCACUCGGCCUGACUCGCCCACCAUGUUCACUGACAGGCCGACGGAGAGAGAGCGAACCGAGUGUCUUAUCAAGUCCAAAUUACGCACUGUCAUGAUGUUCCAGGAUCUGGAGAAUGUCACCUCAAAGGAGAUUCGCAACGAGUUAGAACAGCAUAUGAGCUGUAACCUCACGGAGUACAAGGAGUUCAUUGACAACGAGAUGUUACUCAUCCUGGGCCAGAUGGACAAAGCCACACUUAUAUUUGACCAUCUCUACUUGGGCUCUGAAUGGAAUGCCUCUAAUUUGGAAGAGCUGCGAGAGUUGGGGGUUGGAUACAUCCUUAAUGUCACCAGGGAGAUUGACAACUUCUUUCCCGGCACAUUUGCAUAUCAUAAUGUACGAGUUUACGACGAGGAGGCAACUGAUCUGCUGGCUCAUUGGAACGACACCUACAACUUCAUUGUCAGAGCCAAGAAAAAUCAGUCGAAGUGUCUGGUACACUGUAAAAUGGGUGUGAGUCGAUCAGCUUCGACGGUGAUUGCCUACGCCAUGAAGGAGUACGGCUGGUCCCUUGAGAAGGCGUUAAACUUUGUCAAACAGAAGAGGAGCAUCGCCUGCCCCAACUCUGGCUUCAUGAGACAACUGGCAGAGUACGAGGGCAUCCUGGAUGCCAGCAAACAAAGGCACAAUAAGCUGUGGCAUCCUGAGGGAGGGGGUGAUGAGAUGCCUGAGGGUGGCGGCCCGGAGGGGGAGCCCGGGGAGGGGGAGGAGUGGCUGCGGGAGGGAGGCGCUGCGUCCGCGUCUCCCCACUGCUGUGGCGGUGGCGGAGGAGGAGGAGCGGUGGAGAUGGCGCCGCUGGACCAGCUGAACUACAACUACUACUUCCGCCGGCUCUCGGACACGGCUCUGGACAGCGAGCCCUCGACGCCGGUGCGGGGCCCGCCCCUGCUGGGCCUCGAUCGCGUCUUCAUCGAGAUCGAGGACGUGGAGCGAGACGCGCUGCUCGACGACGACGGCUUCCCCACGCCCACGCUGGGCCCGCCGCUUGGCGAGGGGACGGCGGCGCAGACCUGUGGCCGGCUGGAGCCACUGGAGGACAUGCGUCUGCGGCUGGAGUUCAGCACGGUGGAGGAGGAGGACGAGGAGGAGGCGCAAAAGGAGGAGGCCGAGAUGGCGGCGCUCGCCAGUGGCGCAGCAGGCGAGGAUGGCGGCGCUGUGUCUCGUUCUGCGUCGGGGACCUCGCUGUCCAACCUGAACCGCUUCAACAACGAGAAUGCCAAUAACAGUAACCGCCUCGCCAACAAGCGCAGCUGCCCACCUACCUUUGACGACAGUGCUAGCAUCAGAAACCCUUACAAGGUGAAGCCCUCUUACCAGUCGUGCCGGGACUGUCUGCGCCUGCCGUCGAAUCGGCGAUGCGAGCGCUUGGCCGGGGGGCGCACCCACCGCCUUAAUCCCCCACGCCACUCCGCGCUUCCCACCAUAUCCAUCGAGCCCCCGCGGGCAGCGGCGGCCAACCCCUUCGCCCCUUCAACCACGCGCCCCUCACCCUCCUCCUCCUCCUCUGCCCACAUGCUUCAGAUACCAACGGCCAGCUCCCGUCCCCCUCCCGCCCAGCCCCCCUGCAACCACUUGUGUCGCUGCGGCCGAUGCCCUCGUUGUGCCAGUCGCGCUCUCCCCGGAAUGGCCCCUCUCCCGAUGGCGAGCCUGGAAGCGUACCGUCAGCAGCUGGUUUCGCCCAUGAGCUGCGAGGAGCUCCAGCGGGACCUGCAGCGCCCCCUGGAGGCGGAGGACCUGGAGGAGCUGCAGGAGGAAGAGGAAGAAGAGGAGGCGGAAGAGAAGCGAAGAGGACGGCAAGGAGGAGCGGCGGCUAACACAGGGGCCAUCAGUGAGCUGACGCUGCUCCAGCUGAGUCUGGACAGUGGAGAGAGGCCAGUCGUGGAGCUGCACCAGGAGGCCCUGUCUAUGAGGCCAGUCGCAGAGCUGCACCAGGAUGCCCUCGCGUUGACGCCAGCGGCAGAGCUGCACGAGAAGGACUCGUCGGGACAUGCGGCGCUGACCACUGGCCUGGUGCGGCAGCGUCUGGAGCAACUCUCCAGCCUGCCUCUAGAGGAUGCCCUCCCCCGAGAAACCCAGCCCGAGCUGAUGGACGUCGUUAGGACUGGGGAGCAGACAGCGCCCCCUGGGCCUGUGGAGGAGAUGGAAGUGGACGCCGGCAGUGGCAGCAUCGGCGUUGUCAGUGCCCAAGCUUUGGAGACUCCGGUUCUUUCACCAGGCGGAGCGCUCCUGCCCUCCUCUCCACUCGGGUGCUCCCUGACCCGCAGCUCCAGCAGCGACAGCCUUUCCAGCCUCGCCAGCGUGCGGGGAGGUCAGCCGGGGCUGGUGAGGCAGCGGGCACAGGAGAUCGAGGCGCGCAUGCGGCUUGCGGGGCUUACCAUUCCCUCCCCCCUCAAACGUUCCAACUCCCUAGCCAAGCUGGGAGACCUCAUCCUCUCCACCCAGGACCUCUCAUCACCCCCCUCCUCCCAGCUGUCCGACUUCAGCGGCGGGGAGCAGACGCCCCAUUACCCUGCUCUCCGCCCCAUUCUGGCCAAGUCCCAGUCUGGGGUACCUCAAAGCUGACUCUUUCUCUCUCUCUCUCUCUCUCUCUCUCUCUCUUUCUUUCCUCUCAUUUUCAAAACAGCAGGUCCCAGUUACUGUUUGAAAACGUUCAACGAAACAAUCACGAACUAGAUCAAGAUAACCUCGAUGGGCUUCAGUCUUCUUUAAUUGAGCAGACUGGACCCCCCCUGACUUCUGGAUUCUGACAGUACUGUUAUACACUGGUAUUUAACGAUGACCUUUGGUCAUAUUGGUGCCCCCAUAUUAUGAACCUUCCAAAAUACAAAAUCCGGUCACCUGCUUCCAGUCCUCAGUCCCACACACAUCAAGACAAUCCAGCUUGUCAGCCUUCAAUUACCUUUACACUUCACACUACAGGGCUGAGUGUGGCUGUAGUGGACGCCAUGGAAAACUGACUUUCUCUGAGCUUUCAGCGACUCCUGAUGCUCAUGUUGUCGGGUGCUGAGGAGCUGAGGAAAAAAAGAUUGAUUGACACUUAAUUUGAUCACUGUUUCACCAGUACCCAACCCCGCCCCCACCUCCCCAGAGGAGCACUUAGCUCCGUGUAUGUUUUGUCUUUUCUAAUUCUCCUCUUUUCUUAGAUCUGUGGUACCGUUUGGUGUGUGCGUCACAGUCAAACGGCAUUGGCCCACAGCACUUCUUAACCAUGUGGUCGAGCGGUCAUGGGAGGAAGUGCGGAGCAUUAUGUAAUCCCCCGGCUGUACUUCCUCCUUCAGUUCAAGCGUCAGACCGCACAACAAGCCCGGGGCUUCCAACAGUGUCUCCUCACAUCCCACAGAGACCCUUAAUGUAAUUUACCUGCGGCCGUUUACGGCACAAAAAUACUGCCUGUGUUGUGCAAAAGCUGCACAUUUAAAAAGAACAAGAGGAACAAGGCAUGUGAGUUACCCAGGCCAGGAAACUUAGUGGCGGCAAAGGACUGGAGCUAGAGAACAAAUGUAACGUGUCUGUUUUAAGAUGAAUGUCCAUCUCGCCAUAUACUCUCGCGCUUUGACCUUAGUCGUGAAAAAUGCCGACAGUGCAACAUUUGGUCUUGGCUAGAAAAAAAAAACAAGUUAAGUUCUGAGAAGUUUCCAAAAGCACAGACUUAAGUUAAUCGUAACCCUUUUUACUCCAGAUUUUUGUUUUCUCCUGCUUUGUAUUUAUUGUUGUGUUUAUUUAUUAGAUAAACAGAUUGUAUUAUUUAAUAUAUGUAUCAGAACACCUGUAUGCAACUUAACACUGUUUACGUAUGGUACCUAGUCGUAUGCUCAUAGUUUGUUUAAAGAAGCUUCGGAGAGAGAUGCCACUGGUACUGUGAAUGCUUAGGUGCAAUGGGAAAGCCAUGGAAAACUAAAGACUGAAAGGUGUUCAGAUUGUGUGGGUGUGUGCAUGUGUGCCAUGCCUGGACCAUACAUACCUGUGAGAAGGAAAUCAAAUCACUUAUUGUCUUCAAAUCAGAUCUUUUUGACUGUGAUCUGGUUAUAUUUUUUGCGUGUUUUAAGUAGCAUUACUUCACUAUUUCCAUUUUUUCUGUCAUUUUCUGUAGACAGAUUACAUUUUUUUAUUAUCACAGGCCAAAAUCAGAAAGCAGAAAAUGACUCCACAAUUAUCAUUUUGUCAACUGUUGUUGCCUAAAAUAAAAGCUUUGAUUGAUGGGUUUCCCCCCAAGGCCAUAAACCAAGCCAUUCUCUACACUUAGUGGUAGGAUCAGGACAUUUUUGCCAAUAAUAUACAGUAAAUAACAACAGAAGUGAGUAUGCCACUGUGCAGUAUUUCUUAAAUGGCAAAUGAUCCAAAAUUGCAUCACAAUUUCACAAAUUCAGUAAUUGCAUUGCGGAACGGUAUAGAGAAUUUGCUCUUUUGUGAAAUUUAAAACUACAACUUUAUAUUCACUAUAGUCAAUCCUCUCAAUAAUUGCAUUAUUAACCAUCAACAGUUGUGGGGUGUCUAUUUGACAUUCAAGUGAUAUUUCACAGGGAUGCAGGCUACUCACUUCUGUUUAUACUGUGUAAAGCAUUAUGUCUCUUAGCCAUUGAAUAGAAAAUUCUGGUGCAACCUUUAAACCCUAACCCAUGUGAACAGUUAUCAACUGUCAUGUGACAGAACUAAGAUGUCGUAUGAUGAUUAUAUGAUGCACAACCCCAUUUGCCAUGCCAUGCCAGCUUUUGAGUAUAUCAGCUUCUGAAUCUUUAGCAUAUGUGUGGCCUCUCUUGGGUCUGCUCCAUGUUUGCAGUCAGUGUACUGAAGGAUUGUCGCUAUCUCCAUUACGGCUUAUGUCACAUUUAUGCAUAAGUGCCUUAUGUCUGGCCAUCAAGCCAUUGCGUUGUGUUGGUAGCUUUGUGCACUCCAAAGCGGUCUCUGCUUCUUUUGUUAUGCACUUGCUUCUUACCAUCCUUCUGCUUACAGUGUUCUCUCUCUCUUUAAGAAAAAAAGGAAAAAAGAAAAAAAGUCACAAGAUUUGUGAACCCACCCAAACUAGCAUUAAGCAUGGCUGCCAACGAUUGAGAUAAUUUACGACACCCCUCUUCCCCACCCCACACUUGUGUAUGCACACACGCACACACACACAGGAUAGACUGUUGCUUAUAUUUUGACAUUGUUUAGACCAAAGUCCUCUUUUGGUAAGGGGUAUUUUGGAGAGCAUGUGUAUGUCAUUGUUUGAUUGUUUGGAGAUUCAAAUUCCAGACAGUUGGGUCAUUGGCCCAUCUUGUCUGACAAUCCAACACCCAAGUUAACUGCACCUUAGCUGAGAAAGAGAGAGAGAGAGAGUGAGAGAAAGAGGUGAGACUGACAAAUCAUUCAUGCCAAAAGUUGGAGGUAUUUCACAAAGUUAGCUUUCUUUCAUGAGCUACCCAGAUUAAUUUUCCACCGUGGAAACCUAAGGGGUGAAAAGUGCCAUUUGGGUUUUCUUUCCUCUGUACAGAUAGCUCAAUAACUCAGAACACCAGCUUUGUGGAAUACCUUGCAGGUUUGUGACACACUUUGGUGUUGACAUAUGGCAAUCGCAGCUUAAAUGAAAAGAAAAAAAAUCCUUUUUUUGUUUUGUUUUGUUUUGUUUUUAAUUUCUUAAAUGGUAUGCAAGCGUGAAAGAAAUCAAAAAGCAAAAUAAGCUUGCUUUAAGUGACUUCACUUUUUGUUAACAUUAACUUUUUUAUUUAAGCUGUGACUUUUUUGUAUUACCACACUGUACAUUGACUACGUUGAAAAUGGGUUUCUUUUUUUUACAUUUUGUUGACAUUCUGUACUGUACUGUGUAUGACUGAAAUAAACAGUAUCCUUUAUGCA